ACUGAACACUGAAUUCUAAACACGGAACAAGAACAAUUGAAAUAAAAGUAACGAAAAGAAAAAAAAAUCACAAGUUAACAGUGGACAAUAAUUAAAAGGCUCAGCGUCUUUAUUGUAAGGAAUUUUUUACUUGGGACUUUUUUCUCCAUCUCAACUACUGAGAACAUCAAUAAAAUAGAAAUGUCUACCAGCAAGGAAUUCAUAGCAAACAAGGAGCUGAUAGACUCCAGUAGGGAGAAAAAGUCACCAUCGACACCUUCAUUCAAGAAUAGCUAUAGGCCUCGAUCAAUGUCUACAUGUUCGACUGAUACAUCAUCGUGCAGUAGUUCAGCAAGUCUUUCUGAAGAUGAUGACGGUACUCCAGUGAGAAGUAGAAAACAACAAAAUAGCUCUGGGUUUAGUGAUUUUUGUGUGAAAGAUGUACGUCUCAAUGUGUAUGGAAGGCGAGAAAUCGAUCUUGCUGAACAGGAAAUGACAGGACUAAUAGCGUUAAAAAAACAAACUCUAGACAGUAAGCCAUUACGCGGCGCUCGCAUAGUUGGAUGUACUCCUAUCACCGCACCAACAGCAGUAUUAAUUGAAACUUUAGGCGCCUUGGGUGCCGAAUUACGAUGGUGUGCAUGUAAUAUUUAUUCUACCCAAAAUGAAGUGGCGGCAGCCUUGGCUGAAGUGGGUUUUUCAAUAUACGCGUGGCGGGGUGAGUCGGUCGAUGAUUUUUGGUAUUGUAUAGAAAAAUGUUUUAGCUGUAGUAAUUGGACGCCAAAUAUGAUAAUGGAUGAUGGUGGCGAUGCCACUCACUUUUGUCAAUCAAAAUAUCCACAAGUGUUCAAAAACCUAAUAGGUAUUGUGGAAGAAAGCGCCACAGGAAUUCACCGUCUUUACAAAUUACUACGUGGUGAAAAACUUCUUGUACCCGCUAUAAAUAUUCAAGGAUGCGUUACCAAAGGACAGUUUGACACGCGCUACAGCUGCAGAGAAUCUGUCAUUGUUAGUCUUAAGAAAUGUAUGUCCGACUUGAUGUUUGGUGGAAAACAAGUAGUACUUUGUGGAUACGGAGAAGUAGGAAAAGGUUGUUGUCAAUCAUUGAGAUCACUUGGGUGUACUGUUUACGUAACCGAAAUAGAUCCUAUAUGUGCAUUGCAGGCUUGUAUGGAUGGGUUUCGGGUAGUUAAAUUAAAUGAAGUGAUUCGCCAUGUGGACAUUGUUAUUGCUGCUACGGGCAAUAAAAACGUUGUUACUCGUGAACACAUGGAUAAAAUGAAAAAUAUGGGUAUCGUUUGUUGUAUGUCUUCGUGUCACAACGAAAUUGACGUUCAGUCUUUGAAAAGUGAAGAAUUAAAAUGGGAGAGAAUACGUUCGAAUGUUGAUCAUGUGCGUUGGCCAGAUGGUAAAACUAUGGUACUAUUAGCAAGCGGACAUCACAUACAGCACUCGUGUUCUAGUGUUCCAUCAUUUGUCACAUCUAUAACAGCUACUACUCAACUGUUAGCCCUGAUGGAAUUAUUUAAAGGUGCCAGUGCAAGCGGCCAGUAUAAAAACGGAGCAGAUAUCUAUAUGCUGCCAAAAAAAAUGGAUGAGUAUGUCGCAAACUUGCAUUUGCAAGCGUUCGAUGCUCAUCUUACAGAACUCACUGAAGAACAGUGCAAAUAUAGCGGGUUGCCAAAACACGGGCCCUUUAAAUCCAAUCACUACCGUUAUUGAAAUUGUGAUUAUACUAAUACAAUUUUAGACUAAUAACACCAGUGCUCAUUGAAUUUAAUUAUUAAUUAAUUUAGUUGCACUUAUUUACUGUCAUUUUUAUGGAAAUUAUAUAGAUUUACAAAUGACUUUCAGA